CCCCGUCCCCCGGGCGCCCGGCCCCGCCCCGUCCCCGCCCCGCGCCCCGUGGGGCCCGGAGUCGCCGAGCGGCCGGCGGAGGGGACGCGCGCGCCAUGCCCACCAGCUUCACCGUGGUGCCGGUGGAGGCGCGCGGCGCGGCGCAGGACGGAGACCCGGCGGCCAGCAGCCCCGAGGGCGGCGCGGGGCCCGAGUGCGAGCGCGCGGCAGGAGAUGGCACCCCGAGGGAGAACAGCCCUUUCAUUAACAACGUCGAGACCGAGAGGGAUGACUUCUUCGAGGGGAAGAACAUGGCUCUGUUUGAGGAGGAAAUGGACAGCACCCCCAUGGUGUCGUCCCUGCUGAACAAGCUGGCCAACUACAGCUCCCUGAGCCAGGGCGUGGUGGAGCACGAGCAGGACGAGGACGGACCCCGGCGGGAGGCCAAGGCCCCGCGCAUGGGCACCUUCGUGGGCGUCUACCUGCCCUGCCUGCAGAACAUCCUGGGCGUCAUCCUCUUCCUGCGCCUGACCUGGAUCGUGGGUGCCGCUGGGGUCCUGGAGUCGCUGCUCAUCGUGUCCCUGUGCUGCGCCUGCACCAUGCUGACCGCCAUCUCCAUGAGCGCCAUCGCCACCAACGGCGUGGUCCCAGCCGGCGGCUCGUACUACAUGAUCUCGCGGGCUCUGGGGCCCGAGUUCGGAGGCGCCGUUGGCCUCUGCUUCUACCUGGGCACGACCUUCGCGGGGGCGAUGUACAUCCUGGGCACCAUCGAGAUCUUCCUGACGUACAUCUCGCCGAGUGCGGCCAUCUUCACGGCGGCUGCGGCGGACGGCGAGGCGGCAGCGCUGCUCAACAACAUGCGUGUCUACGGCACGGGGGCGCUGGCCCUCAUGGCCACCGUGGUCUUCGUGGGCGUCAAGUACGUCAACAAGCUGGCCCUCGUCUUCCUCGCCUGCGUCGUGCUCUCCAUCCUCGCCGUCUACGCCGGCGUCAUCAAGACGGCCUUCGCCCCGCCGGACGUCCCGGUCUGUCUCCUCGGGAACCGCACACUUUCGAAGCGCGGCUUUGAGGCCUGCGCCAAGCUGCACGUGGUCAACAACAGAACGGCCACCACGGCCCUCUGGAGGCUCUUCUGCAACGGCUCCGCGCCCGGCGCCACCUGCGACGAGUACUUCACCCAGAACAACGUCACCGAGAUCCCCGGCAUCCCAGGCGUGGCCAGCGGCAUCAUCCUGGAGAACCUGUGGAGCGCCUACGCGGACAAGGGCGUGUUUGUGGAGAAGAAGGGCCUGCCGUCGGUGCCCGUGCCGGAUGAGAGCCGGGCCGGCGGGCAGCCGUACGUCCUGACUGACAUCGUGACCCACCUCACCGUGCUCGUGGGCAUCUACUUCCCCUCGGUGACCGGCAUCAUGGCGGGCUCGAACCGGUCUGGGGACCUCAAGGACGCCCAGAAGUCCAUCCCCACGGGGACCAUCUUGGCCAUCGUGACCACGUCGUUCAUCUACCUGUCCUGCAUCGUGCUUUUCGGGGCCUGCAUCGAAGGCGUGGUCUUGAGAGAUAAGUUCGGGGAGGCCCUGCAGGGGCGGCUGGUCAUCGGCACGCUGGCCUGGCCCUCGCCCUGGGUCAUCGUCAUCGGCUCCUUCUUCUCCACGUGUGGUGCCGGUCUGCAGAGCCUGACCGGGGCCCCGCGCCUGCUGCAGGCCAUCGCCCGUGACGGCAUCGUGCCCUUCCUGCAGGUGUUCGGCCACGGCAAGGCCAACGGGGAGCCCACCUGGGCCCUGCUGCUCACGGCCCUCAUCUGCGAGAGCGGCAUCCUCAUCGCGUCUCUGGACAGCGUGGCGCCCAUCCUGUCCAUGUUUUUCCUCAUGUGCUACCUGUUCGUGAACCUGGCCUGUGCCGUGCAGACCCUGCUGCGCACGCCCAACUGGCGCCCGCGCUUCAAGUUCUACCACUGGACGCUGUCCUUCCUGGGCAUGAGCCUGUGCCUCGCCCUGAUGUUCAUCUGCUCCUGGUACUACGCGCUCUUCGCCAUGCUCGUCGCUGGCUGCAUCUACAAGUACAUCGAGUACCGCGGGGCGGAGAAGGAGUGGGGCGACGGUAUCCGCGGCCUGUCGCUGAAUGCUGCCCGCUACGCCCUGCUCCGCGUCGAGCACGGGCCCCCCCACACCAAGAACUGGAGGCCCCAGGUGCUGGUGCUGCUGAACCUGGACGCAGAGCAGGCCGUGAAGCACCCCCGGCUGCUCUCCCUCACCUCCCAGCUCAAGGCCGGCAAGGGUCUGACCAUCGUGGGCGCCGUGCUGGAGGGCGCGUACCUGGACCGGCACGCGGAGGCACAGCAGGCCGAGGAGAACAUCCGCACGCUGAUGGGCACCGAGAGGACCAAGGGCUUCUGCCAGCUGGUGGUGUCGUCCAGCCUGCGGGACGGCGUGUCCCACCUGGUGCAGUCGGCCGGCCUGGGCGGCAUGCGGCACAACACGGUGCUGCUCGGCUGGCCCGCGGCCUGGCGGCGCCCGGACAACGCCUCCUGGCGCAACUUCGUGGACACCGUCCGGGACACCACAGCCGCGCACCAGGCCCUGCUGGUGGCCAAGAACGUGGACCUGUUCCCCCCCAACCAGGAGCGCCUCGGCGACGGGCACAUCGACGUGUGGUGGGUGGUGCACGACGGGGGCCUGCUCAUGCUGCUGCCCUUCCUGCUGCGCCAGCACAAGGUGUGGAGGAGGUGCCGGAUGCGCAUCUUCACGGUGGCGCAGGUGCACGACAACAGCAUCCAGAUGAAGAAGGACCUGCAGAUGUUCCUCUACCACCUGCGCAUCAGCGCCGACGUGGAGGUGGUGGAGAUGGUUGAAAACGACAUUUCAGCGUUCACCUAUGAGAAGACCCUGAUGAUGGAGCAGCGGUCCCAGAUGCUGAAGCAGAUGCAGCUGUCCAAGAACGAGCAGGAGAGAGAGGCUCAGCUGAUCCACGACCGGAACACGGCGUCCCGCUCCGCACUGACCGCCAGCACCCAGGCGCCGUCCGCCGCCGACAGGGCGCAGAUGACCUGGACCAAAGAGAAGCUGCUGGCGGAGAGGCAGCGGGGCAGGGAGGGUGCUGUGCCGGGCGUCAAGGACCUCUUCAGCCUGAAGCCGGAGUGGGGCAGCCUGGACCAGUCCAACGUGAGGAGGAUGCACACGGCCGUGAAGCUCAACAGGGUCGUCCUCAGCCGGUCCCAGGAUGCCCAGCUGGUCCUGCUCAACAUGCCGGGGCCCCCCCGAAACCGACAGGGGGACGAGAACUACAUGGAGUUCCUCGAGGUCCUGACCGAGGGCCUGGGCAGGGUCCUGCUAGUCAGGGGCAGUGGCCGGGAGGUGGUCACCAUCUACUCCUAGCACCCACGCGUGAGGCGCCACUGGACGCCACGGGGACUGGGAGCUGCGUGGACGCUGCCCGUGACGUGGUGGAUGGCCACACGCUCGCGUGACCGGCUGGUGACUGCAGCAGGGUUCCCGCUCGUUAGCCACUGGGCGAGACAAGACGCACCGGCCCAGCGCUCAGCCUGUAGAGUUCUAGAACCUUCCAGCCCUCUCCAGCCCAGCAGGCCGUGGUAGUCACAUUUCAGCUCUACUGAGCCAGAGCCUUGUGGGACAUCCUCCCCAGGCGUCCGUUUUAUGAAGGGAAUGCACCGCUGCGGUGAGGGCUCUGUGCAGGCUCCCAGCCCGUGUCCCGUGGGCCUGUGGAGUCGGGGUGAGGAGGGCUGGGGGGCCCCAUCACCCCGUCCCCAGGCGGCACCCACCUCGGGGGCAGCCCAUGCCCCAUGCCAGGCUCCUGCCCUGCCUGGCCGGCUUCCCAUCCGGCUUCCUGUGUGGCUGUGCUCCGGAUGCCCCCCUGCACCUGCAGCCGUUCUGUCCCCUUUUGCCACGUCUUUCCUCACACAGUGGCGGCGGCAGUGGGUCCCAGCACAGCGGGCAGCCUGCGGCAUCGAGGGGCACCGAGGGGGGCAGCACGGAAGCCUGGCACGUGGCACGGAGGUACCAGGGACUCUCCCGGAGGGACCCCAACAGGCCAUGCAGAGCCACAGCCACCGCACGUCUGUGCCCACCACACACCCUGUCCACGUGCAGGGAGGUGACUCCACCAUGGGUGACAGUGUGGGCAGAGACAUGAGUGUGUGACCAGACCCCGGGGUCCCCGUUUGGCGAGGGUGGGGAUGGGCCUGGGGGCUGGGGUGACCAGCGCCCCUUUCCAUGCGUCCUGCGGUGUGUCUGCUGCCCCAGGGCUUGCACAGGAACAUCCCGAGGAGGCGUCUGGGGGCCCAGGCUCCUUCCUUGCCUAUCCUGGAGCAGCCCUGAGGGAAGGGCGAGACGUGGCGCGUUCCCAGCCUUGCCCUUGGGUUUGGGCAUGGCCAGUGACUCCUGCAGCCACGCAGCGGGGCCACCCGCGGGCACGAGCCGGCUCAGUGGGGUGCUGGGGGACCCAGACCUGUCCCUGAGGUUGGGAUCAGUCCCGCGGUGCCUGCUGAGAGGUGUGCCCAGGCCAUGCCCACGUGAGUGCACAGAGACCCCAGGGCUCAGCACUGACACGAGGAGACCCUGGCCCUGCACCAGGAAGGAGACCCCAGGCCCUGCGCUGGUGGGAGGGACCCCCGGGCCCUGCACUGACACGAGGAGGCCCCAGGCCCUGCGCUGAGCCCCCUGACCCUGCGCGGCAGUGUGGCUGUUAGCCUGGAGUCUCCUCUGCGCCACAGACUUGUAACCAGCACAGCAGCACUUAGAGUCGAUUGCACACUUCCUCUCAUCGGCCCCUUGCCUUCGAGUGGUCUUGUUGGUAGAAGAAUAAAAACGUAUGGAACCCGA